CCUCGCUCGCUCGCCGCCAGCCCCGGCUCGCUCCCUGCCCACUCCCGGGGGGGACGUUCCGUGCCGCGGCCGCCGCUUCUUUCACACUUUAGUUGGGAGCCGCGCGCCGCGCUCAGUUACUGGAGAGAGCUGGCCGCGCGCCGCCGCCUCCAGCACGCACGCACCCGGGCCGGGCUUCGGGGGCUUCGGGGCUCUUAUCCCCGGCCUCUGGGAGGAGGGGGAGACCGGGACUCACCGUGGGGAGGAGGAGGAAGACAAGUAGGAGGGAGGAAGAAAACCCGCGAGGAGGACCAGGGCGGGGGGCGGGAGGCUUGCCACCUUCAGCCCCCCCGCGAGCGCCCAAGGGGGUCUUCCCGACCCAGGGAUAGAACUGAUGUCUCCUGCCUUAGCAGACGGAUUCUUAACCACUGAGCCACCAGGGGUGCACCCAUCUUGACCGACUCAGCAAGAAGGUGGAUUUUCCCUGUGUCUAAAGAAAAAAACAUGUCCCCGUGUCUGUAGAGAUGAUUUGCAGUUCAGCCCGGCUGAAGCUGACCGAAUGAGACUAUGGGCUGUGCCUCCGCCAAGCAUGUUGCCACUGUUCAAAAUGAAGAGGAAGCCCAGAAAGGGAAGAACUACCAGAACGGAGAUGUGUUUGGCGAUGAGUAUAGGAUCAAACCAGUGGAAGAGGUCAAAUACAUGAAAAAUGGGGCAGAAGAGGAGCAGAAAAUAGCAGCCAGGAACCAAGAAAACUUGGAAAAAAGUGCCAGUUCAAAUGUAAGACUUAAAACCAAUAAAGAGAUUCCAGGAUUAGUUCAUCAACCCAGAGCAAACAUGCACAUCUCUGAAAGCCAACAAGAAUUCUUCAGAAUGCUGGAUGAAAAAAUUGAAAAGGGUCGAGAUUACUGUUCGGAAGAAGAAGAUAUCACAUAGCACCAAUCCUACCACUCAAACCGGGAGCUACUACUGUGUAAAUAGGUUACACCCCAGUUGAAAUCUUUGCAAAGGUCGGUUCUCUUCAGCGAACAGCACUAUAGCAAAAGAAGAUCGUUCCGUAUCGUAUGCCCCAUUAAAUUACAGUGUUUCUUAAUGAACUUGCAAAGGAAUAUUGCUAAAAACAAACAAAAACUGUUAUCGAACUUUCUUUGUUGCUGCUAGUUAAAACUUGUUGCAACUUUUCACUUCUCUCAGUGUCCAGGUCUGCAGCAAAAUUCUGCAAUUUCACCUUAAAGAUACUGUUGGUUUUACAGAUGCUCUCCAACCUAUUUUCUAAAAGAUGAGGUAGUGGUGAACUCAGAUAUCCAACUUCUGUUCUAGACUGGUUCUGCUUCUAAGACAAGCACCUCCUUCCCCCCUCCCUCCUCCCUGCCUCCCCCAGCAGUCCAGAGCCUUGCUUCUCACUGGCAUUGUUGCGCUUUGGAGAUGGGAUGGUUGCUAUGGCAAGCCUAGUUUCUCUGCUAAGAAGUAGAGACGCUAUUAUCAAUUCAAAGCAUGUCGUGACAUGACUCCUGGAAGUGACAUAGGAGCGGGCAGCAGGUGGUUUCAUUUCCUGGGUCUCUUAAUCAAAGAUCAAGCUUGCAACAUCAGUUUUGCUCAGAUGCAGACGGAAGUGUGAUCACAAUCAUUUUGAAUCCCUCUUGCCCACUUUUUUUUCUAAGAAAAUAAACAUUUUACUGUUUUUAUGUA